AAUUCUUGGGACUUGUAUAUGAAGAGAGAGCCUUAGAACAUACGUUUCCACCAUUUCUUUCUUCUGUGUGUGAGAGAGAAGAGAGACAAAGAAAAGCCCUUGCAUUUCUCAUGGACUGUGGAGUCGUGUUGGGUUUCUACUGCUGGGGCUGGGAGUUCUUAACUGCUCUUAUUCUCUUCUCUUCCUCCCAUUAAUUAGUCUCUUUCUCUUCUCUUUUUCUUUUCUUUUCUUUUCUUUUCUUGCAAAGUUUAAUUUCUUAUGGAGUCUACAGCUAUAGAUAGUAAUAAUAAUAAUAAUAGCAAUAAAGGUUUGUUGGAAUAUGCAAGGAAAUCAACUCCGCCACCAUUCUUGCUCAAAACCUACAUGCUGGUGGAAGAUCCGGUCACCGACCACGUGAUUUCUUGGAAUGACGACGGAACAGGGUUCGUGGUGUGGCAGCCGGCGGAGUUUGCCUGCGAUCUACUACCAACACUGUUCAAGCACAGCAACUUCUCCAGCUUUGUCCGGCAACUGAAUACCUAUGGUUUUCGCAAAGUUGCAACCAGCCGGUGGGAGUUCUGCAAUGACAUGUUUCGAAAGGGUAAAAGAGAGCUACUUUGUCAAAUUCGUCGACGAAAAGCAUGGUCUAACAAGCAACAACCGAUUGCACCAAUUCAAGCUACACCACAAGAGUUUGAGGAAGAUCAAAGAUCAUCAUCAACAUCAUCAUCAUCUGAAUAUAGUAACCUUAUCGAUGAAAAUAAACGUCUCAAGAAAGAAAAUUGUGCGUUGAGCUCCGAGCUCACUAGCAUGAAGAAGAAGUGCAAGGAGCUACUUGAUUUAGUGGCCAAAUAUGCACAUUUGGAGAAAGAAGAUGAUGGUGGUGAUGAUGAUGAGAGGCCAAAGUUGUUUGGUGUGAGAUUAGAAGUUGGGGAAGAAAGGGAGAGGAAGAGAAAGAAAGCUGAGAUUAGAGAGUGGGCAACUAUUUUACUAGCCCAAUCAUGCAAGUAAUUUGCGCCAAUUAUAAAUGUAGAUUCAAUUAAUUAAUAAUCAAAGAAGCAAGCAAUAUCUAGCUACUUGGAAUGUAAGUAGCUUUGCUCCAUUGCUGGCUUAUAUGUAUAACUAUAUAAGUACAUUGUUAUGUACUUAAAAGGGAUUAUAAUUGGGCACAAGCCCCUUGAAUUACAUGGCUAUCAUAUAUUUUGUUUUGUGGGUUAAA